AACAAUAUUUAUUAGUUUAAAUUUUGUAAUUAGUGUAAAACUAAAAAUUUAUCUUUUAAUCAGUCUUUGCUAUCUUACUAGUCAUACUGCUCCCGUUUUUGUCGUUUAGGAUUUAAAACUGACAAAUAACGACGACUACGUAAUAUAUGCUUACGUACAAUCAACAUGGGUGAUAUCCAAUGGCCGUGGCAAUACAGUUUUCCACCGUUCUUCACGAUCCAGCCAAACGCGGAAACGAGACAGAAGCAAUUAGACGCUUGGAGGACGUUGUUAUUGGAUUACUGUCGUACGCAGAAGGUGUGCGUUAUUGAUGUGCGCGAAGGAGAUCUAUUGCCUGUUUUCAACAACACUACCAUAUCCAGAAAACUGUCACCCGAAGCGAUCAUGACGGUUUUAGGCGUUCUACAGAAGACGGGAAACGCCGAACCACUUGAUAAGACUAAAACAAGAUGGAAUGUUUAUUGGCACACGUUGGACGAAUGGGCAUCGAUAGUGUACAAAUGGGCUCAGGACAACGCCAUGCUGAACACGGUGUGCACGUUCUACGAGAUAGCCAACGACGGUGGUGAUCUGAACGGUAUUGACGAAGGCGUGCUGACCAAAGCGUUAAGGGUGUUGGAGCGACGUCAACAGGCGGAAAUACUUACGCUGGACGGGGGAUCGGGCGUGAAGUUUUUCUCGUAGACCAACGUGUAAGUCCGACACCAGCUGCCCACUCGCAGUAACAGCUGGCUCUAUAUCAUACCUAUGAGCAAUGUAUGCCGUGCGUAUCUGCGUGUAACGUGUGGGCGACGAUGAUAUAAGUAUAUAUAUAUAUAUGUACACCUAAAUACCUAUCCUAAGUAUCUAUAUAUACAUAUAUAUAAGAAGUUUGCGGUAAAACAUAUAUUUCGACGUAUAUUAUGUAUAGAUUAUUA